AUGCCACUGUUAAUCCAGAUGUCACUGCUAACCCUGAUGCCACUGCUAACCCAGAUGCCACUGCUAACCCAGAUGACACUGCUAACCCAGAUGCCACUGCUAACCCAGAUGCCACUGCUAACCCAGAUGCCACUGCUAAUCAAAAUGCCUCUGCUAACCAGGAUGCCUCUGCUAACCAGGAUGCUCCUGCUAACCAGGAUGCCCCUGCUAACCAGGAUGCCACUGCUAAUCAGGAUGACCCUGCUAACUAG